AUGGGAAGGGUAGAACGAGAAGGACAAGGGGGAGAGGGGGCAGGACAGAAGGGGGAGGAACAGGGGGGAGGACAGGGGGAGAGACAGAGGGAGAAGGACAAAUGGGGAGAGACAGAGGGGGAAGGACAUAGCUCUGUUUACCACCCAAUCUAUUAUCCGUUGCCUCACCUGCUUCCCCCCUCCCUCCUCCUUGCUUCCCCCCUCCCUCCUCCCUGCUUCCCCCCUCCCUCCUCCCUGCUUCCCCCCUCCCUCCUCCCUUCUCCCUGCUUCCCCCCUCCCUCCUCCCUGCUUCCCCCCUCCCUUCUCCCUGCCUCCCCCCUCCCUCCUCCCUGCUUCCCUGCUUCCCCCCUCCCUCCUCCCUGCUUCCCCCCUCCCUCCUCCCUGCUUCCCUGCUUCCCCCCUCCCUUCUCCCUGCUUCCCCCCUCCCUCCUCCCUGCUUCCCCCCUCCCUUCUCCCUGCUUCCCCCCUCCAUCCUCCCUGCUUCCCUCCUCCAUCCUCCCUGCUUCCCCCCUCCAUCCUCCCUGCUUCCCCCCUCCAUCCUCCCUGCUUCCCCCCUCCCUCCUCCCUGCUUCCCCCCUCCCUACUCCCUGCUUCCCCCCUCCCUUCUCCCUUCUUCCCCCCUCCCUUCUCCCUGCCUCCCCCCUCCCUCCUCCCUGCUUCCCUGCUUCCCCCCUCCCUCCUCCCUGCUUCCCCCCUCCAUCCUCCCUGCUUCCCCCCUCCCUCCUCCCUGCUUCCCCCCUCCCUCCUCCCUGCUUCCCCCCUCCCUCCUCCCUGCUUCCCCCCUCCCUCCUCCCUGCUUCCCCCCUCCCUCCUCCCUUCUUCCCCCCUCCCUCCUCCUUGCUUCCCUCCUCCCUCUACCCUGCUUCCCCCCACCUCUGCCCUGCUUCCCCCCACCUCUCGCACCCUAGUUCUUUCGCCAUUCGUUAG